AUGGCGGGCGAUGUUGAUAUUGAAAAUAUCGAAUUUCACUCAUGUUUAAUUCAUUUUGAAGAUGUAAGACAAUCCACAUCGUUGAUUUCACAAACAAGAUUAAACAAGGUGAUAUCUUGUCGUAAAAGAUGGAUUAAUUUAGAAGGAGAUAAGGCUUCUUUGUGCAGAAAAAGUCAUGAACUCUUUUCAGAUGAGCACUUAUUCGCACGAGAGAAGUGGUAUAUGCACGAAAAUUGUUAUAAGCGAAUUUGUGACGAAAAUAAGAUCAAGAAAGCCGAAGAAAAAUUUAGUUCAACACAACUAGAAGCAUCUAAUGAUCAACGGCAACGAAUAUCUACGCGACAUAAGACGUCAUGCCACAAUGCUGCAAAUCAGGCAAGAAAUCAAUAUGUAUUGCCAGUCCAAUGUAUCAUUUGUGAGAAGGAUACUGACCAGUUUGUAAUG